AAACCGGUGUUGACUAUGUAACAACAUAAACCUCCGCCUCCAUCCCCCAGUCCAACAACUCCACGAGCCUACAGCGGUGUGUGCGUGUGUUCGGCAAGAGUCAUUGUUGGGAAGAGGGAAAAACACAACCCUCACCACCCCCGCCUGUCCCCAAUCAAGGAGGAAGGGCUCGCUUGGAUGGCGGCAAAGGUGUGCGCAGCAUUCAACCGACAGACGCGAUUGGACGCGCGGCCCUCUCGACUUGGAGGUGCGUCCCAUAAGUCUGUCGUGGUGUACCGUCCCCCUUCUCCCUGUGUGCCCUCGGUGCCCUCUUCCCCCCCAGCCCGCGCAAACCAGUGUCCGGUGGUGUCUCCUUUCCUGCUGUUCCUGCAGGUGCCACCCCCUCUGCUGUGUCCGGGGCUGUCGGUCGGCCGGUCGUCAGCCGCUGAUAAGCGUCUGCGAGCGGCGGGUGUAAGUGUAAGCGGGUACGGUAUGUGCGCGGUACACGGCCGAUCGGCGGUGGCUGACUAGCGAGAGCUGGCGAUGGUGAUGAUGCAGCGCGCAAACGAGAUGGCGCGAUGCGGUGGCAGGAGGACACCGGAGCGAUAAUUCGGAUCGUGCAAAAACGAGGGAAAAAAUGUUAAAUUAACUCGCCGUGCGGGCAUGUGCUGGCAGUCGCUGUGCAAGUGUCGUGAAGCAACAUCCUCCCUCAUCCUGCAGCAGCUGCUUCGAACUGCUUCCAAACAAAACGGUGUUCCGCAUCUCUCUCUCUCUCUCUCUGUGUUUGUGUGUGCGUAUGUUUUGCGUGCUGUGUGCUUAUUCAAAGAUCUUGUCCAGCACUUGAGAAGACGGACAAAUAUUUGCUCAUUGCUUCUGCUCCACUACCGAAGGGAUUUUACCGCUAAUUAAGCGCCUCGGCUACGCUAAACACGAUCCUUCUGCGCAUAGCCCGGAUCAAGUGUGUCUGUGUGUGAGUGUGUGUGUGUGAGUGUGUUACCCAGAAGAAGGGUGGUGGUUCAAGUGUUUUAUUUUCCCUUAACGAGUGCCGCGAGCAUCCAAGCAGCCCAACACCAAGCCCAAUCGGAGAAGGGUUUCUAGAAAACUCGGACGGACGGACCACAGGUCGCGGGGCAAAAGGCAGCACACCACAGCACAAUUUGCGCGCCCAGAUCGAUUGCACCAGUGUCGUACGGCCAGCGGAGUGUAGUGCGUUAUCAGCCCAGUGGGAAACAUAAAAAUCAUAAUGACGUCGCUGGCGGUAAUGGAACUAAACAACAACUGUGGCGGCGAUGAGAACCGGAACGAAGAUUGCGAAAAGUAUCUACGCGAGCUGACGAAAACCUUCACCGGCAUCGACAAACCGCUCAAGAACGCAAGGAAGUGUGAAACGUUGACCGAUUUGAUCGGCGAGCUGCGCAAAACGUUCGACUCGGACCACGUCAACAUCGAGUACGUGAACCAUCUGAUGCUGAGCUACCAGUCGAACCCGGCCGAGUGGCGCAAGUUUGCCAAAUUCGACCGAUACCGCUACACCCGAAAUCUGGUAGAUGCCGGUAAUGGCAAGUACAACCUGAUGAUUCUCUGCUGGAACGAAGGGCACGCAUCGGCCAUCCACGAUCAUGCCGAUUCGCAUUGCUUCAUGAAGAUGCUCAAGGGCCAGCUGAUGGAGACGCGCUAUGCCUGGCCGAAGGAUGCGACGGUCACGGAGGACAGCAAGGCGGACAUUGGUAGCGGUCAGCCGGCUGGCGAAGAGGUGGAAUACAAUGGGGACGAGCUGGAGGAGCUUUCGCGCAGCACGCUGGAAACGAAUGGCGUGUGCUACAUUAACGAUACGCUCGGACUUCACCGGGUCGAAAAUCCGAGCCACACCGAUGUGGCCGUCUCGCUGCACCUGUACUGCCCCCCGUUCGAUGUGUGCUCCAUCUUUAACAAACAAAAUGGCAAGCGCACCAAGUGUAAGGUCACCUUCUGGAGCAAGUUCGGCAAACGAGAAUCCUCUAAUGUGAACUAGGACUUGAUAGCUGGCAGUCGGCAGAUGUAUCGAGACUGACGUUUGCAAGUGAUAGCAAUGAAACGAAUGCAUGAUCAUUUUUCUGCAUUUCCGUUAGUGGUAAUCCUCCAAGAGAAACGCUAGGGCUGUAUUUCAGAUAAGAUAAGUAAAUGAGAUUACUUUUAGAUUACUGCUCAUAAUUCAGGGCAAAAGUGUGCUACGAGUGAAUAAAAUGUCUAUAACGAUUAAA